UCAACAUCUGGGUUCUCUCAAAUCUCAACGUUACGUUUAAAUCAGAGCUCAGUUGACUUAAAAGCCAAGCAGUACUGCAUGCAGGAAAUUUGUUAACGAUGAGAAAUAAAUAAACCCUGAAUUUGCUGGGUUUAAAAAUAUGAUAGUUAGUUGGCUCGCAUUGUCUCUUUGUACUUGACUCCUCACUUUCCACACUGUCUUUCAUGUUCAAGUAGCUCAGAAUUUCCAGUCCUUUUCUUUCUGUUCACAAUAAUGAGAGCUCUGAAUCAAAGCUGGGUGCUAUUACAGUCUAAUCAUUAAAACUACGUAAGUAAAAUCCUUCCUUGUCAUCCCAGUACACCAAACCGAGAUCCUUAAUUGCUCUCAUCUUCUACUAACUCUCCUAUUCUAUUCAUUUCCACAAUCAGUUUGAUAUUCUAAGUAAAUCCCAGAAGCUGCUUUUUACUCUAGAUUAGGUAUAACAGGCAAUACCCUUCUUUUAUUUAUCACGGUUGGUGUUCUGAUCACAGUUUGUGCUAGCUUGAAGUUUUUGAUUUUCAGUUGAACCCCUGUGGUCGUUGAGUUCAAUCCAAGCAAUGAAGAAUUUCUGCGUUUGUUCGAGUUUGUUGCUAGUGAUUUUAUCUCUGUUUCCUUCAAGUUCAACAGCUCAGUUAACGGCAACAGAGAGCCGUAUCCUGUUCCAAGUGCAAAAGCUUCUUGAGUACCCUCCUGCUCUGCAAGGAUGGUUUAACUGGACCAACUUCUGCUACCUUCCUCCUUCUUCAUCUCUCAAAAUCGUCUGCACCAAUAACCGCGUUACAGAAUUAACGGUCGUCGGAAACAAGACCUCCCCUUCUCGCCUCCCUCCAAGUUUCGUCAUUUCUCAGCCGACUACUCUGUCCAGAAGCUUCUCAAUUGAUUCAUUCUUCACCACCGUAACGAAGCUCUCCAACCUCAAAGUUCUCAACCUCGUGUCUCUAGGCCUUUGGGGCCCGCUGCCGGCGAAGAUCAACAGGUUCCGGUCGCUAGAGCAGCUCAACAUUAGUUCGAAUUCCAUCUCCGGCUCUGUUCCUGCUUCACUUGCUUCAAUGAAAAAUCUGAGGAAGAUCAACUUGGCUGAUAAUAUGUUUAAUGGGAGUGUCCCGGAUCUUGAGGGCUUGGCACUUCUUGAAGAAAUCAACUUGGGGAACAAUCAUAUUGGACCUGCGUUUCCAUCAUUGGGAAAUAGCCUUGUAAGUCUUAUACUGAGAAAUAAUUCUGUGAGAUCUGAGAUUCCCAAAAUGUUGACCAGCUUUGAUCAGCUGCAGCAGCUGGACCUCUCCUACAAUAAGCUUGUUGGUCCUAUACCUUCUUUCUUGUUCUCCCUGCCUUCACUUCAGUACCUGAAUGUGGCUCAGAACCAACUCAGUGGGGCUCUUUCAUUGAACACAACUUGCAGUGCAAACCUUCAAGUUGUGGAUAUUUCACAGAACCUUUUGAUAGGAACACUGCCUUCCUGCGUUAGAUCAAAGUCGUCGAAUCGGACGGUCUUUGAUUCGUGGAACUGUUUGUCUAGUGGAGUCUCAAAGUAUCAGCAUACCUAUAGGUAUUGUCACAAGGAAGCUUUGGCUGUUAAGCCUCCCGUUAAAACUCAACAGGAGGAGUCCAAAAUUAAGAUAGGGGUUGUGCUUGGUAUCAUUGGUGGCAUUAUUGUUAUUGCUGGAGUCAUAGGGUUGCUGAUUUUGCUCAUUAUCAAAAAAGUAGGAGAUAGGAAGAAAAAAAAUACAUUUGACAGCAGACCUCAUCUCGAAAAAUUUACAUUCCAAGCAUCCCAAAUGCCAAACUCAGAUGCAAGGCAUGUACCCCAGAUGAUGAGACUGCCGACCCUUGGUCUGCCACCGUAUCAUGUAUUCACAUUGGAAGAAAUCGAGGAUGCAACAAACAAUUUUGAUGCUUCCAACCUAAUGGUUGAAGGAUCUCAGGGACAGGUCUACAGAGGUUGGGUGAGAGAUGGUGCAGGGGUGCUAGUAAAAUGUGUGAAACUAAAACAGAAGAAUAUGCACCAAAACUUAGUGCAGAAUGUGGAAGCCUUGUCGAAGCUAAGGCAUAGGCAUUUGGUCAGUGUUCUUGGACACUGUACUGUCACUUAUCAAGAACCUCCUAAUGCAGCUACCACUGUGUUCAUUGUCCUUGAAAACAUCUCAAACGGGUCAUUGAGAGAUCAUCUCACUGACUGGAGAAAGAAAGACUGGCUGAAAUGGCCACAGAGAAUGGCUGUUAGUAUUGGUAUCGCGAGGGGAGUACAGUAUUUGCACACUGGAGUAGCACCGGGAGUCUUUGGAAAUAAUUUGAAGAUGGACAACAUAUUAUUGGAUGAAAGUGUUUCUGCAAAGAUCAGCAAUUAUAACCUUCCAUUUCAGAUUGGUUCAAAUGGUCCUAAAACCAGUGCUGAAGCCGAGAAGGAAGAUAUUUACCAGCUGGGUGUGAUCCUACUUCAAGUUCUUACUGGCAAAUUGAUCAAAUCAGCAAGUGAAGUGAAUGAGCUAAAACUUGAGCUCGAGAAAGGCUUAGCAGAAGGGCAAUCAAGACUACGACUUGCAAUAGACCCCUCUACUCAAGGCAGUUUUGCAUACCAGUCACUGAAGACUGCCGUCGAAAUCACCAUUAAUUGUCUCUGCAGAGACCCAAGCAAGCGUCCUUCAAUAGACAAUGUUCUCUGGAAUUUGCAGUACGCAAUUCAGGUUCAAGAGGGAUGGACCAGCAGCGGCAACCUCAGUGCACAAAUGUAGUAGUGUAGGCUGUAUAGCUUUGUUUAAUCCCCUGUCCAUACAAAUAAAAUGUAUAUGCAGUUCGCAGCCCGCGUUUGCUGUCGAGCAAUCAAUUUCUAUACAACUUUAGGUUUCUCCCAAUCUUACUUCCAUUGAGCUGAGUUUGUACCUU